AUGGACACCGUGUGCUCCGGACCAAAGAAGAAAAGGAUCAUCCAGACUGUUACCAGCAUCAAAGUCCAAAAGCCAGGGUCUGUCAUGGUCGACAUGUUGUCCAUCCCAGAUCUGAUCAAGAAGAAGAAAGACGGAGGAGCGCUCAGUGAUGAAGAGAUCAAAGCCUUCAUCGAAAGAGUUACAGACAAAACUAUACAAGACUGUCAGACAGGGGCCAUGCUGAUGGCUAUCUGGCAGAAGGGAAUGACGGAGAAGGAGACAGUGACCCUGACCAAGGAGAUGAUGUCAUCAGGGGAAGUGAUGUCAUGGCCAAAAGAGUGGGCGGGGCUAGUGGUUGACAAGCACUCAACAGGAGGGGUGGGAGAUAAAGUCAGUCUGGUGUUAGCGCCUGCGCUAGCUGCCUGUGGCUAUAAGGUGCCUAUGAUCAGUGGGCGGGGCUUGGGUCACACAGGAGGAACUCUGGAUAAGCUGGAAUCAAUUCCAGGAUUCAACAUUCAGCAAUCAACAGAUCAGAUCAAAAACAUCAUGGACUCAGUGGGCUCUUGCAUUGUGGGUCAGACGGAGACGUUGGUUCCUGCGGAUCGAGUCCUGUACGGUAUGCGGGACGUCACCAGCACAGUGAACAGCUUACCGCUAAUUGCUGGCUCGAUUAUCUCAAAGAAAGGAGCCGAGUCUCUGUCUGCUCUGGUGCUGGAUGUGAAGUUUGGACGAGCUGCUCUGUAUAAAGACCUGGACAGUGCUAGAGAACUAGCACAGUUAUUAGUAAAGGUGGGAAACAGCCUGGGCAUGCUUACGGGGGCGGCCCUUAGCUCUAUGGACGGUACAAUUGGUCGCUGUGUGGGCAACAGUCUGGAGGUGAUUGAGUGUCUGGAGACGCUGAAAGGGAAAGGACCCGACGACCUAAUGGAGCUGGUCACAACUCUGGGCGGCCUGUUGCUGAAGAUGACUGGCUCGGUGUCUGACCUAUCAGAGGGCAGAAAGAAGAUUUCUGACGCUGUGAUUGGUGGAGCUGCUCUCUCCAAGUUCCAGGCCAUGAUGGAGAAACAGGGCGUGGACAGUGAGGCUGCCCGGACACUGUGCUCCACCGACACAGAUUACUACAGCAUCCUGAGGAAAUCUAAGCAUCAGAUCAGACUGGAGACGCCUGCAGAUGGUGAUGUGGUGGAUGUCGACGGAAUGAUCUUAGCUGAAGUUCUCCAUAAGUUGGGGGCGGGACGAUCGAAGUUCGGAGAAUCUGUCAAUCACAGCGUAGGGGUGAAGCUCCUGGUGUCGCUGGGUCAGAAGGUCCAGAAAGGCGCCUCGUGGCUGGAGCUCCAUUAUGAGGAUCCGGCUCCGACUGCAGACCAGAUCAGUCGACUGCAGAGCGCUCUGACUCUGGGAACACGCACACAACACAACACACAGACACAGACUGUUGUAAAAGAAUUAUUGUUACCUCAGUAA